ACCUGUUGUUUUUGCAGCUUUUGCUGCCGAGUGACCGAUGAUCAGAUAAGCGAUUAUGAACACGUUAACGACUAGAACAAGUUUUGUGUCUCAACAACCGGAAAGCGCUUCUACACCGGCAUAAUCAUCAACUACCGGAAAGCGCUUCUACACCGGCAUAAUCAUCCUCAACAACGACAAUAUCUCUUUUUAUCAUUACAAUAUUUUUCAAACCCUUCCGGCGCAACUUGUUUCGCCUUUUGCAAAGUUCAAUUAUGAUAAUCACGUUCGCCGGAGAAAAAAGCGAUUAUAAAACGUACGGUGAACCAACCUCAUCAUAACUUAACGGUGAGAAAAUAUAGGAAUCAAAAUGUUAUUACUAUUAUUACUUUAAAAAAUUAUCCGGUGGAAAUUGAAUAUUGAUUUCAAGAAUUCUAAAAAUAGGAAUCGAACAAAAAAAUGGGUAAAAAACAAUCGUUACGGAGUAAAGCGGUUCAUCUUGUUUCGGAUCUCACCACUGUUCUUCUCAACCCUAUUUCUGACCAUAACAAACCCUCUCUUCCUCUUUCUGAAGAAGAAGAGGAGGCUGGUGAGUUAAAGGGAAGUGAAUCAGAGGUUGAAGGACCUGAUACGUCGUCGUUUACUGCUUUUCUUUAUUCGUUUUUGUCGUCGUCGGAUUCUGGAGAUAAUAGUGUAAUUGAUGAGGUGAGCGUGGCUGAAAAUGAUGACCUAAUGAACGAGAAUUUGGUUGUUAAGAAGAGUUUGUUAUCUAGAGGUAAACAAUCACUCGGUAAAGCUAUUUAUCUAGCUGCUAAAAUGGGCGGACUUCGGAAUCAGGAGCGUGGGAGGGAUGGUUUUGAAAGUGAUGGAUGUGGUGUUGAGAUGAAACGUAUUCAGCCGGUGAAAGAGGUUUCUGGUGUGCCUUUGGUUGAUCGUUUGCAGGAUGUUUCGGAACCUUCGAUGUUGAUUUCAAAUAGUUUGAGGAAUGUGGUUUAUGAUUCGCUUCCGUCUCUUAUUUAUGGGAGGAAAUGGUUAAUGAUGUACAGCACUUGGAAACAUGGGAUAUCACUUUCAACACUUUACCGAAGAAGCAUGCUUUGGCCUGGACCCAGUUUGCUGGUUGUUGGAGACCGGAAAGGAGCAGUAUUUGGUAGCUUGAUUGAUGCACCCCUUCGACCAUCCAACAAGAGAAAAUACCAGGGAACUAACAGUACAUUUGUUUUCACAAAUAUCUCUGGUCGUCCCGUUGUAUAUCGCCCAACUGGAGUAAACCGUUACUUCACACUUUGCACCACUGACUUUCUAGCUUUUGGCGGGGGAGGUCAUUUUGCCCUUUAUUUGGACGGGGAUCUAUUGAACGGGUCAAGCUCUGUCUCUGAAACUUACAACAAUCCUUGCUUAGCACAUUCUCCAGAAUUUCAAGUGAAGGAAGUAGAGUUGUGGGGCUUUGUGUUUCCUUCAAAAUAUGAGGAAAUAGUGAAAUUGAGCAGAACAGAGGCACCUGGGAUCUGUCGCUGGUAAAUAUAUGAGUAUGUAUCAAAUAUCAGUCAAAGCCUUGCAGUUUGCAUUUUACUGAAUGAUCAUACUGAGUCACAAGCCUGACAAUUUCUGCUAUUAAGCGAAGUCGAUAGACAAUAUGAUGCAGAAAUUGUAUGAAUCUAACCUUAUCAUCACCAUGUAACAUGCUUGUAAAUAUUUGCAUCGCUGUGUAUGUUGUACAUACAGAGUCCAUACCCUUUAUAAAAUGGACCUAUUUUGUGUAGGAUAAAAAUUGGAGUAAAUUUUAAGUGUUUGCAUACUUAAAGCAGAUAAAGGAAAAUGAAGGAUAUUCACUUCUUUUUGUUA